AUGGAUAAUGCAAGAGUGAACUCUGCGAUAAGGGGGAUUGCGGAGCGUCUAUUUAAUCAACUACGAAUCGACUACGACCCCGAAGAGCACCGAUUACAUUGCCAUGGCUAUAUACUUAACCUUGUCGGCGAUGCUUUCCUGUUUAAAACAUAUGGCGACGCUCUCGCAGAGUAUAAUAACGACUACAACUCCUCCGACGCCCUUACUGAACUCGAGUUUGUCCUGUGGCGGAAGAAGGGGGCUAUUGGUAAAGCUUACAACUAUGCGGUCAAAUUCAGUCGGAGUACUCUGAAGAAUGAUUAUUAG